AUGGGAGGGAAGCCAGGGGGCUUCGAUGUGAAGGCAUUGCGGGCAUUUCGGGUGCUGCGACCUCUGAGGCUGGUGUCUGGGGUCCCGAGCCUGCACAUAGUGCUCAAUUCCAUCAUGAAGGCUCUGGUGCCGCUGUUGCAUAUCGCACUUCUUGUGCUCUUUGUCAUCAUCAUUUACGCCAUCAUCGGACUGGAGCUGUUCCUCGGACGCAUGCACAAAACGUGCUACUUCCUGGGAUCUGACGUAGAGGCGGAGGAGGACCCGUCACCCUGUGCAUCCUCAGGAUCAGGCCGUGCUUGCACGCUGAACCAGACAGAGUGCCGCGGGCGCUGGGCAGGGCCCAAUGGAGGCAUCACCAACUUUGACAACUUUUUCUUCGCCAUGCUGACAGUCUUCCAGUGCAUCACCAUGGAAGGCUGGACUGACGUGCUCUACUGGAUGCAGGAUGCCAUGGGGUAUGAGCUGCCCUGGGUGUAUUUCGUGAGUCUUGUCAUCUUUGGAUCCUUCUUCGUCCUCAACCUUGUACUUGGUGUCCUGAGCGGGGAGUUCUCCAAAGAGAGGGAGAAGGCAAAAGCACGAGGGGAUUUCCAGAAGCUUCGGGAGAAGCAGCAGCUGGAGGAGGACCUCCGGGGCUACCUGGACUGGAUCACACAGGCAGAGGAUCUGGACAUGGAGGACCCCUCAGCUGCUGGCAACUUUGGGCCACAACUGGCAGAACUGACCAAUAGGAGACGAGGACGUAUGCGCUGGUUCAGUCACUCCACCCACUCCACCAGCAGCCAUGCCAGCCUCCCAGCCAGUGACACUGGUUCGAUGGCAGAGACCCAAGGAGACGAGGAAGAGGAAGAGGGCACUCUAGCCAGCUGUACACGCUGCCUAAAGAAGAUCAUGAAAACCAGCGUUUGUCGUCGUCUCCGCCGAGCCAACCGGGGCCUUCGGGCGCGCUGCCGGAGGGCUGUGAAGUCCAAUGCCUGCUACUGGGCCGUGCUGCUGCUCGUCUUCCUCAACACUCUGACAAUCGCCUCGGAGCACCACGGGCAGCCCUUCUGGCUCACCCAGAUCCAGGAGUAUGCCAACAAAGUGUUACUCUGUCUAUUCACGGUGGAGAUGCUUCUCAAGUUGUAUGGUCUGGGGCCCUCUGUCUACGUGUCCUCCUUCUUCAACCGCUUUGACUGCUUCGUGGUCUGUGGGGGCAUCCUGGAGACUACCCUGGUGGAGGUGGGUGCCAUGCAACCCCUGGGCAUCUCGGUACUCCGCUGUGUGCGCCUCCUCAGGAUCUUUAAGGUCACCAGGCACUGGGCAUCUCUGAGCAAUUUAGUGGCGUCUCUGCUCAAUUCAAUGAAAUCCAUUGCAUCCUUGCUGCUUCUCCUCUUCCUCUUUAUCAUCAUCUUCUCCCUGCUUGGCAUGCAGCUGUUUGGGGGCAAGUUCAACUUUGACCAGACCCACACCAAGCGAAGCACCUUUGACACCUUUCCCCAGGCCCUCCUCACUGUCUUUCAGAUACUGACGGGUGAGGACUGGAAUGUGGUCAUGUAUGAUGGUAUCAUGGCCUAUGGCGGCCCCUUCUUCCCAGGGAUGCUGGUGUGUGUGUAUUUCAUCAUCCUCUUCAUCUGCGGCAACUACAUCCUAUUGAAUGUGUUUCUUGCCAUCGCUGUGGACAACCUGGCCAGUGGAGAUGCAGGCACUGACAAAGAUAAGGGCAGGGAGAAGAUCACUGAGGAAACUCCACAGGAGAAUGGAGCACUGGUGCCUGGUGGGGAGAAUGAGGAAGAGGAAUCUGCAAAAAAUGAAGGAGCAGGCAUGGAGGAAGAGGAGGAGGAGGAGGAAGAGGAGGAAGAGGAAGGGGGGGGCGGGCAUGUGGAACUCCUGCAGGAAGUUGUACCCAAGGAGAAGGUGGUGCCCAUCCCUGAGGGCAGUGCCUUCUUCUGCCUCAGCCAAACCAACCCACUGAGGAAGGCCUGCCACACCCUCAUCCACCAUCACAUCUUCACCAAUCUCAUCCUGGUGUUUAUCAUCCUCAGCAGUGUGUCCCUGGCCGCUGAGGAUCCCAUCCGAGCCCACUCCUUCCGCAACCACAUUCUGGGGUACUUCGAUUAUGCCUUCACCUCCAUUUUCACUGUGGAGAUUCUACUAAAGAUGACAGUGUUCGGGGCUUUCCUGCACCGCGGCUCCUUCUGCCGUAGCUGGUUCAAUCUGCUGGAUCUGCUGGUGGUCAGCGUGUCCCUCAUCUCCUUUGGUAUCCACUCCAGCGCCAUCUCAGUGGUGAAGAUUCUGCGUGUGCUCCGAGUACUGCGGCCCCUUCGAGCCAUCAACAGGGCCAAAGGACUCAAGCACGUGGUGCAAUGUGUGUUUGUGGCCAUCCGGACCAUCGGAAAUAUCAUGAUCGUGACCACGCUCCUGCAGUUCAUGUUCGCCUGCAUUGGUGUGCAGCUCUUCAAGGGGAAAUUCUACAGUUGCACUGAUGAGGCCAAACACACACCCCAAGAAUGCAAGGGCUCCUUCCUGGUCUACCCCGAUGGAGAUGUGUCAAGGCCUCUGGUCCGGGAGCGACUCUGGGUCAACAGCGAUUUCAACUUUGACAAUGUCCUUUCAGCCAUGAUGGCCCUGUUCACUGUCUCCACCUUCGAAGGCUGGCCUGCGCUGCUAUACAAGGCCAUUGAUGCAAAUGCAGAGGACAAGGGCCCCAUCUACAAUUACCACGUGGAGAUCUCAGUAUUCUUCAUUGUCUACAUCAUCAUCAUUGCAUUCUUCAUGAUGAACAUCUUUGUGGGCUUUGUCAUCAUCACCUUCCGAGCCCAGGGCGAGCAGGAGUACCAAGACUGUGAGCUGGAUAAGAACCAGCGCCAGUGUGUAGAAUAUGCCCUCAAGGCCCAACCACUCCGUCGCUAUAUCCCCAAGAACCCACAUCAGUAUCGUGUGUGGGCCACUGUGAACUCUGCUGCCUUCGAGUACCUCAUGUUCCUGCUCAUCCUGCUCAACACGGUUGCUCUAGCCAUGCAGCACUAUGAGCAGACUGCUCCCUUCAACUAUGCCAUGGACAUCCUCAACAUGGUCUUCACUGGCCUCUUCACUGUCGAGAUGGUGCUCAAAAUCAUUGCCUUCAAACCCAAGCAUUACUUUACUGAUGCCUGGAACACAUUUGAUGCUCUUAUUGUGGUGGGCAGCGUAGUGGACAUUGCCGUCACUGAAGUCAAUAGCUCUGAGGACAGUUCCCGCAUUUCAAUCACCUUCUUUCGCCUCUUCCGAGUCAUGCGAUUGGUCAAGCUUCUUAGUAAGGGUGAAGGGAUUCGCACACUGCUUUGGACAUUCAUCAAGUCUUUUCAGGCCUUACCCUAUGUGGCUCUUCUCAUUGCAAUGAUAUUCUUCAUUUACGCAGUCAUAGGGAUGCAGAUGUUCGGCAAGGUGGCUCUUCAGGAUGGCACACAGAUCAACCGAAACAACAACUUCCAGACCUUUCCACAGGCUGUACUGCUUUUGUUCAGGUGUGCUACUGGUGAGGCAUGGCAGGAGAUAAUGCUUGCCAGCCUUCCCGGAAGCCGGUGUGACCCUGAGUCUGACUUCGGCCCUGGUGAGGAAUUUAGCUGUGGUAGCAAUUUUGCCAUCGCCUAUUUUAUCAGCUUCUUCAUGCUCUGUGCAUUCCUGAUCAUAAAUCUCUUUGUGGCUGUGAUCAUGGACAACUUUGAUUAUCUAACCAGAGAUUGGUCCAUCCUGGGCCCCCAUCACCUCGAUGAAUUCAAGAGGAUUUGGUCUGAAUAUGACCCUGGGGCCAAAGGCCGCAUCAAGCACCUGGAUGUGGUUGCCCUGCUGAGACGCAUCCAGCCCCCCCUGGGAUUCGGGAAGCUGUGCCCACACCGAGUGGCCUGCAAGAGACUUGUGGCGAUGAACAUGCCCCUCAACUCAGAUGGGACAGUGACAUUCAACGCCACACUCUUUGCCCUGGUUCGGACAUCCCUGAAGAUCAAGACAGAAGGGAACCUGGAGCAAGCCAAUCAGGAGCUGCGGAUUGUCAUCAAAAAGAUCUGGAAGCGGAUGAAGCAGAAGCUGCUAGAUGAGGUCAUCCCGCCGGCUGACGAGGAAGAAGUUACUGUGGGCAAAUUCUACGCCACAUUUCUGAUCCAGGACUAUUUCCGCAAAUUCCGGCGGAGGAAAGAAAAGGGGCUACUAGGCACCGAGGCCCCCCCAAGCACCUCCUCUGCCCUUCAGGCUGGCCUGAGGAGCCUGCAAGACUUGGGUCCAGAGAUGCGGCAGGCCCUCACUUGUGACACAGAGGAAGAGGAAGGGGAAGAGGGGCAGGAGGGAGAGGAGGAGGAAAAGGAGGACCUGGAAACGUACACAGCCCUGAUGGGCUCCCAGCCCCCAUCUCGCCGGAGCUCCGUGAUUUCUGUGUCUCUGCCUGCUGGAGACAAACCUCCAGAUUCACUUUCCCUCGGACUCAGUGAUGACGAUGGGGGAGCUCCCAACUCCAGACAGUCCAAUGUUCCCCAGUCUGGGUCCCAUGCCCACAGGAGAAGCUCUGGGGUUCUCAUUUUCACCAUUCCAGAAGAAGGAAGUUCUCAGUCCAAGGCAACCAAAGGGCAAGAGAGGCAGGAUGAGCAAGAGGAAGUCCUGAGCCAGCAGUCUGGCCACGACACGCUCUCCUACCUAGAUGAACAGGCAGGGACUCCCCCACGCCCCAUCCUUUUGCCAUCUCACAGACCCCAGAGAUACGUGGAUGGCCACCAAGCACCACGCCGUCGUCUGCUGCCCCCAACGCCUGCAGGUCGGAAGCCGUCCUUCACCAUCCAGUGUCUGCGGCGCCAGGGCAGCUGUGAAGAUUUACCCAUCCCAGGCACCUAUCAUCGUGGACGCAACUCAGGGCCCAAUAGGGCACAGGGUUCCUGGGCAACUCCUCCUCAGCGGGGCCGACUCCUAUAUGCCCCACUGCUAUUGGUGGAGGAGGGUGCAGCAGGAGAGGGAUACCUCGGCAAAUCCAGCAGUCCACUGCGCACCUUCACCUGUCUGCAUGUGCCUGGAACCCACUCGGACCCCAGCCAUGGCAAAAGGGGCAGUGCUGACAGCCUGGUGGAGGCUGUGCUCAUCUCUGAGGGUCUGGGCCUCUUCGCCCGAGACCCACGCUUCGUGGCCCUGGCCAAGCAGGAGAUUGCAGAUGCAUGUCGCCUGACCCUGGACGAGAUGGACAGUGCUGCCAGUGACCUGCUGGCACAGGGGACCAGCUCACUGUAUAGUGACGAAGAGUCCAUCCUCUCCCAUUUUGAUGAGGAGGACCUAGGAGAUGAGAUGGCCUGCGUCCAUGCCCUCUGA